CGAUAAGCGUACUGAUAGCGGACUUGGGGAGCUCUUGGAGCACCACACCGCACCGCACCACUUCUUGACAGCUGCAGCAGGCUGGGCCGCCGGAUCGACGCAUGCUUUCAACACCCACCCAAUUGAUCGAGGCCCUCGCGUGCCAGGGUUACCUCGAGUGCAGAAAGCUUUACUGUACAGUACAGAGCAAGUUUAGCUUCAGCGCCAUGGGCCAGAGCAGGCAAGGAUGAACAGGCUCUCCCGCGGUUUUGCUUACAAUGCUCCCGCAGGACAUCACGAGCUGUCUUCUUGUACCUCGAAGCCUUCUCUUCUCUUUCACUUUCACUUUGCGUCAUAUUAUCUUGCUGCAGCCUGUAAACAGCUGUCUCUGCGCUGAAAUCGGCGGCGGAAUCGUCCAUAGCUUCUCGUGACUGUCUGCCUUCACUCUGCGACCAUGGCACCCGUCUUCACCGUCAUCCUCGCGCUGUCUGCAACAGCCUUGGCUCAGCGGACCCAGCAAGUCGUCUGGUCCGCAGUGACCUACACCUACCACGGCGAGAAAACACCAUCUCUGUUCCCAGGCCCGUACGACCUGACUCCGGUUGGAGCACAGCAGCUCUAUGAAGCCGGCCAGAUCAUCCGUGCUCGCUAUAUCACCGGCUCUGGAAACACCAGCCUGACAAAUGCUUCGCCCAUCAAUGGCAUCAAUAUAAUCCCGAUUGACAACUCCCAAUUGAACAUUUUGACUACGGAUGACCCAUGGGUGAGUGCCAGUGCCAUGGCUUUUAUGCAGGCUUUAUAUCCACCAAGGAAUUCCGUCGUUCUCGAUUUAGAAAGUAUGCUGGGCAAUUCGAGCUUGGAGCAGUACCCUUUGAAUGGCUAUCAAUAUCCCAAUAUUGAGACAUUAAGCAUGCUCGAUUUCAAUCGUCUUUGGAUUGCUGGAGCUGACAAUUGCAACAACUAUGACAUUGAGAACGUAAUGUCACUCUCUUCACCCGCCUACGUCCAAGAAAUGCAAACCACAAAUGCCUUCUACCAAUCGCUCGGCAACUCCGUCUUCUGGGCCUUCACCCCUGACGAGCUUAACUAUGGCAAUGCUUGGACACUUUGGGAGUACGCAGCCUUCGAAUACCAGCACAACGAAACACUCUACCAAUCCGGAAACUUCACCGCAGACGACCUAGCAACACUGUACAACCUCGCCUCCCAACAACAAUGGCUAUUCAACACCCCCGACUCAACCGGGACCGUAAAAGCCAUGGCAGGUCGCACCUUCGCCUCUAAAGUACUUCAAUCAUUUCAACACCAAAUGGCCUCCAACGGCUCAGCCGAAAUGCUCACCCUCCUCUUCGGCUCCUUCGAGCCUAUGCUCGCCUUCUUCGCGCUCUCGAACCUCGCCACCGGCCCCUCCGCCUCCCGCUUCAACUCCCUGCCCCUCCACGGUUCAACAAUGACCUUCGAGCUCUACUCCUAUACCCCGAUGCCCAUGUCGCAAAGCGCGACCAUCCCAUUCCCUAGCACCGAGGAGCUAUGGGUGCGCUUCCUAUUCCGCAACGGGACUGGCGCUUCGGACCCUUUCGUCGAGUAUCCACUCUUUGGAAGAGGGAACAGCGAAGAUGAUAUGACCUGGUCGGACUUCGUGUCUGGCAUGGGAGCAUUCAGCCUCGUUGAUCUGGUUGACUGGUGUUUGGAAUGUGCCAGUGGGAGUUUGUUUUGUGAGGCGAUGCUGCUGAAUUAUAACAGUGAGAUAGGAUCCGGCACGGAUACGCCGAAGAAUGCGAAGACUCUUUCUGCUCCUAUUGCCGGGGUUAUUGGUGCCACGGUCACUAUUGGGUUGCUGCUGAUUGUUGGGGCUAUCUUGGCGUUGAUCGGGUUCAGACUCGAUUAUCAUCCGAGGGAGAAGCGUGCUGUGAGUGAUCUCGGUGUGUUGAAGCGGAGCGGGAGCGGUGGGGGCUUUAAAGGAGCGGAAAAGUUGGCUUCUGAUACGGACUUGACAAUGAAAGGCGGUGCUGGAGCGAGCGUAGUCCGACACGAGAGAGUGGGGAGCUGGGAGCUGAACGAUAGCCCGGAUAAGCGCUCGGCCUUGGAUAAGGAUAUCGAGAGCGGGAGGGGAUUGAGCAAGACUACUUAUGGAAGAUCAAGUGAAGAUGGACAUGGACUAGGAGGUGUUGACCCGUACGGAGAGCCAGUUAAGGCUUUGGACCAAGUUUGAAGUCGUGAUUCUGGGUCAUGGUUCUCUGGGCGGGCAAGGAUAGAUUUGGGAUUGGGUUUCGGAUUGCGUGGGCUAGUUGGUUGCGUUUGAUGAUUUGACGCGAUAUAUACGACGGACGAUACCCUUCUAUGUCUCUCACUAUACCCCAUUUCCGCAUUUAUCUGCGUUGAAUGUUAGAUGGAGGCGUUCGGUUGUUGGGGCUGGAGGAGCUUGAUUCGAGGGUAAUAGCAUUGAUGCCUUUCAUGAAAGUACUAUAAUCAUUCGUCCGUUUUGUUAUAUUUAUUAUCCAUCAACUUGUCUGUCUUCCGCAGCUUUGCAUCUUGACCAAAACUUUCGAAGUGUCUGGUCAACAAGGCGGCGAAAGUUAAUUAGUAAAGCAAGAGUCGAGCGUGGGAACCAUACUGGAAAAAUGAAUUUUUACCAUCUUAUUGAGAAC